AUGACUAUUAGAUUUAUAGUAAAACAAUUAGAUUAUUCGCUCUUGGUUUCUAUGCGUGAUAGUUAACGAGGGUGUAAUGCGAUAGAAAUCUAAAGCUCAUAUAUCUAAUUGUUGAAUAUUAAAUUGCAUGUAAAAGAGAAAAGUGUGAUCUAAUUCGGACUAACAGAAACUACGGCCGUGCGCGUUACUGGAAGGUGUUCUGAGUUUCUACAGUUUACACGUGUGUUUUAGCUGGAGACACAAUUGCUUCGUUUUUCCGAAAUUUUCGAGUCUCCCGAUUUAGGCUAUUGAUUGUUACUUGUAAACGAGUUUAUCACGUAAUUAAUUCCUGAUUAACGUGGUUUUUCGAAUAAUGAACAAACUUUUCCAGAGGAUCGCGUUUAAAACUUUUCUUUCUCCACAUUACAAACUGGUUUCGUCUUUGUUCGCACCUUUUUUGUUCUUGGUUUUGUUACUGAUUGGUCGAAGGAAUCCGGCAGAUUGGUGUAGGCACUUUGCGCAAGAUCUUUUUUAACUUAUCACAGAGAAACAGUAAGUCAAGACAAACAACAUACUCUUAUUAAAGAACAUGAUUACCAGAAAUAAGCUGUCAUCACUGAUUCUAAUUCAGUACUUCUAUAUUUCAGUUGCUGACCGAGUAUGAAUCGAUGUACGAUGACAAGGAUCAACAGGGUUAUGCCGCGAUGCAGGAACACCUCAGUGGGCAGAUGGCCAUGGAAGGCCUGUUGAGUGAUUACAAAUCUUUGUGUCGUGAAAGAGAAGACCUGUUGAAUUCAUUGCAAGAUUCUCUCGAUGUGGACGAAGAGGAGAUGUUGGACGCGCUUGAAGCUGUGAGCAGAAAGGAACACUCCAUAGACAUUGAAGGCGCUCAGCAAGCCAUUCAUGAUACAGUUCAAAAUGUUAGAGAAACCGCGGACAAAUUGAAGAUGAUGAACAAAAAGAUGAUCGAUUUAUCAAAGGCAGGAGAAGCUACGGAGGACUUGGAACAGUAUGUUUCAAUUAUAUGGUCUGGUUUAAAUUAUAUAAUCCAGGUGUAAACAUCGUGACUCAUGGGCUGUAUCGGGGAUGUGCGGCCCCAAAGUGCAUGGUGUUUCAGCCAUUUUGGUCAUAUUUCACAUGUACAACUCUUGCCAAUUUUCUUUCCUAAUCAUAAAAAUUACAAUUUCCUCGAUUGUGAUUGGUUUAAAAAACUCCUAUUUUCCACUAAUUCACUUACCAAGUUGUCAAGGGACAGUUUGGUAUGUAAAUGCAAUGUAAAUGCAAUUUAGUAUCGGACAGUUUGGUAUCAGACAGUUUGGUAUCCCUACUAUCGGACAGUUCAUUAAGCCAAUCGCAUUCAAAGUUGCAGUUUAAAUCGACCAAUCAC